UUGGGUGAACCAAAAAUGGAGGGCCCAAAGAAAUAUGCAUUUGUAGAUGCUUCUCUUGAAGAAACAUUACAAAAGAGUUCUUUUGGAGGUUUUGAGGAAACAACUGCGUUAGAAUCAUCAAAGAAUGCUGAGGUUGUGGACCAAGUUUCUCAUAAUGGAACUGCUUCUGCAUCUGAGGUUGGUGUUUCUCAAGGUUCUUCAUCUGCCCGGGAAAAAAGUUCUGGUUUGUCAGUGGAAGCUUUGGAAAAAAUGAUGGAAGAUCAAAUUGUGCAGAAGAUGGUUUAUCCAUAUCUGCCAGAAGAGAUGAGGAAUCCUUCUACAUUUAAAUGAAUGCUGCAGAAUACACAAUACCGUUAACAACUAGAAGACAUGCUAAAUAAUAUGAAGGGAAGCACUGAAUGGGAUAACCGGAUGUUGGAUUCCUUAAAAAACUUUGAUCUAUCCAAUCCUGAAGUGAAGCAGCAAUUUGAUCAAAUUGGGCUUACACCUGAGGAAGGUAUUUCAAAAAUUAUGGCCAACCCUGAUGUUGCCAUGGCAUUUCAAAAUCCUAGAGUUCAAGCAGCCAUCAUGGAGUGUUCGCAGAACCCUUUGAGUAUAGGCAAAUAUCAGGAUGAGGAGGAGUUAUUUUAA